AUGGUUGAAACAGUAGUCAACGUGCAGCAAACAUUACGAGGGACGGAGAAGCGCGGGCUGCGGCUGCAAGAAGCGCCUCGCCUGAGACAUGAAAUACCUUCGCUGAGGAACGCUGUCCACAGGGUCGUGUCUCUUUUACGGCUGCUGAAGUCUUUAGAUGUGGUCCUUUUAUAUCGGCUCGGUGUGAGUAGAAAGGAAAUCUGACUCAUUCUGAACGAGUGGUGCUCAUCCAGUCUCGUUGUAUUGCUUUCAGGUCCGUACACUCAUGAAGCACCGGACGCCGUUGCAGGUGGUGAUUGAGAGCAUUCCGGUGCUUCCUGAGAGAAGCCUCAGCGUCCUCCUGAGGUUUGCCGGUUCACAUCGGUAAGGACGGGAGGCAAAAGACAUACAAUCCUGACUAGCCGGCAUCGCUUUGUCCGCGGUCUUUCAGGCGAUGUGCGGCAGUUUUGCGGAACGGUCUGUUCCCCUGCCUCAUCAAUGACGUACCUGCGGAGACCUUGCAGCUUGCCGACCAGCUGAUGUCUCUUUCGAAACGAAGAAGGGAGAGACUGGUCCAGGUGUCAGGGCCGGGACGGGAGAGGCUGUUGCAAAACCUGAUGGAUACGCAGAACAAUGACAGUGUACGGUUCUGCAUCGCCAUACCCAAGACAGCUGACGUCGUCAAUGUCGCUGUGGUGCUCGCGACAAACGACAAGACACCACCGCUACUCUCAUCCAUGGACCUCCACAUUUUCCUCUCUCACCCUUCGGCUGCCCUUGCUGUUGGAGACGCACUGGAGACUACAGCUCAACAGCUCCGCUCAUUCGUCAGCGGCCUCAAAGACCGGCAUCGAGGGGCGAUCAAGACACGCGACUCUAUAUCAAGAGCGUUUCAAAGCCCAAGUGGCCACUCCAUCGGUGUGGGUGGCCUGGCCGCGGCAGGUGUCUGGCGCAUCGUCGGGCAACAAGUCGUCAGAACAAUUGAGCUCCCAGGCGGACGCGGAGAAGGGCGUCCACUUCUCGAAGGCCACUGA